UCUUACCGCCCCUUUGUGUCUUUGACAGCGGUUUCAAUCAGCGAUCAUGCUGCGCUUGCCCAGUUCUGCAGAGAUCAGGAGAUCAGGCUGGUCGUGGUUGGUCCAGAGGUUCCUCUUGCUGCUGGAAUUGUUGAUGACUUGACAGCAGCUGGAGUAAGGUGUUUUGGUCCAACAGCAAAGGCAGCUCAGCUGGAGUCCAGUAAGAGCUUUACCAAAGCCUUUUUGGAUCGUCAUGAGAUCGCAACUGCAAGAUGGAAAUCUUUUACUGAUCCUAAAGCAGCAUGUAGCUUUAUUAACAGUGCGAGCUUCCCUGCUUUAGUUGUAAAAGCGAGUGGCCUGGCAGCUGGCAAAGGAGUAAUUGUGGCUUCAAACAAGGAAGAAGCCUGCAAAGCUGUUACUGAAAUCAUGCAGGAUAAGACUUUUGGCACAGCUGGGGAAACUGUUGUUGUUGAAGAACUUCUUGAAGGAGAGGAAGUUUCUUGCUUAUGUUUCACUGAUGGCGUCACAGUUGCUCCCAUGCCUCCAGCCCAGGACCACAAGCGAUUAAUGGAUGGAGAUGAAGGCCCUAACACUGGAGGGAUGGGAGCUUAUUCCCCAGCACCUCAGAUUUCUAAAGAUUUGUUGCAGAAAAUAAGAGAUACUAUUCUUCAGAAAACUGUUGAUGGCAUGAGGAAAGAAGGUGUCCCCUAUUUUGGUGUGCUUUAUGCUGGAUUAAUGCUUACCAAAGACGGACCUAAAGUUCUAGAGUUUAACUGCAGAUUUGGUGACCCAGAAUGUCAGGUAAUUCUUCCACUUUUGAAAAGUGAUUUGUAUGAAGUUAUGCAAGCAGUUGUCAAUAAAAAGUUGUCUAGUUCCAUGCCAGUUUGGUUUGAAGACAGUGCAGCUGUGACGGUGGUCAUGGCUAGCGAAGGGUAUCCGGGAACAUAUCCUAAGGGUUUGGAAAUAACAGGACUUUCUAAGGCUAAGCAACUAGGAUUGGAGGUGUUCCAUGCAGGCACGUCCCUAAAGGAUGGCAAAGUUGUGACUAGUGGUGGAAGAGUCCUCACAGUAACCGCUAUUAAAGAGGAUCUAAUGACAGCACUGCAAGAAGCCAACAAGGGAGUAGCAGCCAUACACUUCAAGGGUGCCAUUUAUAGAAAGGACAUUGGUUAUCGGGCUGUAGCUUUCCUGAGACAAUCCAGAGGCUUGACUUACAAAAACAGUGGGGUAGACAUCGCAGCAGGCAAUACUUUGGUUCAGAAAAUUAAACCCCUCGCUGCAGCCACGUCAAGGUCAGGCUGCAAUGCAGAACUUGGAGGCUUUGCUGGCCUCUUUGAUUUGAAAGAAGCUGGUUACGAAGAUCCUAUUUUGGUAUCUGGAACUGAUGGUGUUGGCACAAAACUCAAGAUUGCACAAGUUUGUAAGAAACACGACACCAUAGGUCAGGACCUGGUUGCCAUGUGUGUCAAUGACAUCUUGGCUCAAGGAGCGGAGCCCCUCUUCUUCCUUGACUAUUUUGCCUGUGGCAAACUUGACGUUGAAGUGGCUCAGGGUGUCAUUGCAGGAAUAACUGAAGCUUGCAAAAAGGCAGGAUGUGCUCUUUUGGGAGGAGAAACUGCUGAAAUGCCAGGCAUGUAUCCACCUGGAGAGUAUGACCUGGCUGGCUUUGCUGUUGGUGCAGUGGAGCGAGGGCAGAUGCUGCCCCAGCUGGAGAGAAUUGCUGAAGGAGACGUGGUUAUUGGAGUGGCUUCUUCUGGGGUUCACAGCAAUGGGUACAGCCUUGUAAGGAAGAUUGUGGAAAAAUCAUCAUUGGAUUUCUCUUCUCCAGUUGGCAUCUCUGGUGAUCAGACAUUAGGAGAUCUCUUGUUAACCCCAACUAAGAUCUACAGUAAAACACUGUUGCCUGUCCUUCGCUCAGGCCAUGUGAAAGCCUACGCCCACAUCACUGGAGGUGGCUUGCUGGAAAACAUCCCCAGAGUUGUCCCAGAGUCCUUUGGUGUCGUUUUAG